GUUCACAAUUAACAUUUGCAAGGAAGAUAUAUCUACUUUGUCUUUGAAGUUCUUAACUGCUCAAAGUAAAGUGCACGGAAUGAUUCUGUUGGUGUAAAAAGUACCAAGUUUGAUAAUACAUGUAGAUGUAAGUCAUGUAAAUUAACAAAAAGAAUUCAGGUCUAAGCACAUAAAUGUUAUGGAAGAAACAGAGUUAGAAAAAUACCAAAAGGAAGUAUGGAUGAGGAGCCAGAUUGAAAGCCAUAAUAUUCAGAGAGAGGCAGCUACCAGUUCUACAAAUGUUAAUAAAGAUGACUCAGUGAAACUGAUCAAUUUAUUGACAGAGUUAGGUGAAGAUUUAAGAAAACAACAUUUUGAUAAAGACAGAAAAGAAGUCAUAAUUAAGAGGAUACAGCUUGGGAAUUUUUUGGUCAGAGAAAUAUUUGAAGAAGAUAAUAUUGAUGAUGAAAAUAAAGAGAAGUUAAAAUACAUUGCUGAGUUGUUAGAGAAGCAGUGUCGACUUGUCACAGAAAUAAUGAAAGCCUUAAAGAGAACAACUGAACUAAGAAGUAAACUUGAUACUCUGAAGAAAGACAAUUUUGAGAAAAGAACAGAAAGUAGAAGAAUAAUGUUAGAAAUAAAGGGGAAAAAUGAAGCAAAACAACAAAUUAUCAGAGACCCAGAGACUAUGCAAUCCUUGAAAGAGUUUGAUAUUAUAAUGCAGAAGAUUGUGAUAGCAAGACAUACCUUGCAGGGACUUGUGCUAGGUAGUGGAGUUAACUGGGCAGAUGACCCACAGUUGUUGGAUGUUGUCCUAAAACUAGGAGAAACUUUGGACUUUAAGUGACUUAUUAGAGAAUAACCUGUUUGCAUAUUUUUUAUUAGUGAAAACAACAGGUUGUUUUACUCAUAUGAAGAUUAUGUUUGUCAGAUAAAUAUGAUAGUUAACUUAUUAAACACCAAUUUUAGUUGGCAUGGCUUAUGUUUCUGGAAAAAAAGCUCAUCAGAAAUACUUGGAAGCUAAUGUUCGAAACGAAAUAAGCAAAUUAUUGUAGGCAUCAAACACAGAAUACGGUGUAAACAAAUAGUCAAUAUUGUGUAAGGUUUUCUUUGUCAAAAGAUGUUUAGUAUUAUACUAUUUUAUAAAUAAAAUAAUAAUUAAAAAAUAGAUAAUUAAAAUCUUGUAUAUAAUGAUGGGCAGAUUGUUCUCUUGGAGGUUGCUUGUCCUCCAUAUCAGUAGACACAUUCCAGUACCAAACACUGCAUAUUGUAUGUUGAUUU